AUGCAAGCCAAGUAUACAAAGAUUGAGAACGACAUGCCCAUCUUGGUCCAUGCCGUUAGAGCGUCGUUGACACCGGCUCUACCCCGUCUGAACGCGAGCAUCUCCGACGAAGUUGUCGAAGCGAUGCGUCUCGAGCUGCCGCAAUCCACCGACUGGAAUGAAAUUAACAUCAACGCCAAGCUCCUGCGCAUCAUCGCCAUGGUUUCUGGACGAGUUUUCAUCGGUUCCGAGCUCUGCAGGGACGAGAGAUACCUCGACGCCUCGAUCAACUACACCGUUGACCUGAUGACUGCUGUGCACGUCAUCGCCAUGGUGCCAUCCUUCCUGCGCCCCAUCGUGGCCUCCUGGCUGCCGACAACCAAGAAGCUCUACGAGCGCAUUGCCGCGGCCGAAGCGGUUUUCCGCCCAAUUGUGACGGCCCGCAAAGAGGCUGCUAAAAAGGGGGACUACCAGGAGCCAGACGACAUGCUUCAAUGGAUUCUCAACGCUCAGACAAAGUUCGGCGAGCUCAGCGACCGUCACCUUGCCAUGGCCCAGCUCGGUAUUAGUUUUGCUGCUAUCCACACGACUACCAUGACGACGACCAACGCCAUGUAUUGGCUCGCGGCGAAGCCUGAUCUCAUCCCCAUGCUGCGCGACGACGUUCAGCAGGCAUUACUUGGGUCAGGAGGAGAGUUCACGAGCGCGGCUUUGCAGAACAUGAAGAAACUGGACAGCUUUUUGAAGGAGGUCAUGAGAGUUUCCCCGCUUUCUGCCAGUUCCUUCCAGCGCAAAGUCCUUAAGUCCCUGACGCUCCCCAAUGGCCAGACCAUCCCAGAGGGUAUGUUCAUUGAUAUCCCUUCCGGCGGCGUCAACAACGACCCCGAUAUCUUCCCGGCUCCCGAGGUUUUCGACGCCCUCCGCUUUUACAAACUGCGCGAGGCCAAGGAGCACGCCGCGUCCGGCACCAAGGCGGUGGAGGUCGUGAUGCAGGCCCAGUUCGUCAGCGUCGGUACUACCCAUCUGACGUUCGGGUACGGCAAACACGCCUGCCCCGGCCGGUUUUUCGCCGUCAACGAGAUCAAGAUGAUCAUGGCCAAUAUUGUAUGCGAUUACGAUGUUAAGCUUCCGGAUGGCGUAACCGAGAGGUACGAGAAUAGGAUUUUUGGCGCGAGUUCUGUCCCUGACCCCAACAAGACCAUCAUGAUCAGGAAAGUAUGA